AUGCUCACAUCCUUUUCUUCUGCUCACUGACUGACUGCUGUUCAACACUCGAGGCUAAAAAUGAGCAGAAACUAUCUGUCCAGAAAUAGUGAGCUCCGUAGGGGAGACAGUCUUGUGUCCAACAAUGGACAGUGGAAGGCCGUCUUCCAGGAUGAUGGAAACUUUGUCAUCUAUGGCUGGAAGCCCGUGUGGUCCGCAGACACUAACACUACAGGCGCCGUCCGCCUGUGCAUGCAGGAUGACUCCAACCUGGUCAUGUACAACCAAGAAGACCACCCUCGAUGGCAGACCAACUCUCACUAUGACGGCUCUGCCAUGUGCCGUCUACAACUGACCGAUGACGGCAAACUGCUUAUCUUCAGAAAUGCCCAACAAAUCUGGAGCUCUGACUCUUCCAAAGGCAUGAGGUGAAAAAUGUGAUGAUGCACAGAUUUUCAGUGUGAGUUUUAUGCUUUAUAAAGCAUUUUUGGCAGUAAUCUAUAUCUAGACCCACAGUUGAAUUUUUAUUGCUAUCAUGCAACUAACAUGUUGCGCAAUUCAAAGCAGAAAUAAACAAUAAAAAAACAACUUUUUCUUC